ACAAUAUCGUACUUCUUUCCUCACUCUUUUAUUCACCUACCCGACAUCUUCAUUCACCUAUCCGACAUCCUUAUUGCACGUACAUACGCACACUCGCGCUAUGCCAGGACGCGGUGGCCUGUUGAGCCUUGUUGGCAAAGGAAUCGCCAUGGGAGCCGAGUACAGAGAACAUCGCAAAGAACAGAAGCAAGCUCGCGCCAAUGCUCAAGAUGAACACACUGAGCCCAUUGAGCAGUCAGACUGGAGUCCAGCAACCCAGUUUCAACAUGGAAAGGCGGAACCACCUCCAGGACACGCAGAUGCAGCUCUUCCAUCGACAGCCUCCAGGACACUGAAAACAGGAGGACCACCAGCACUGCCAGAUGACAAAAGGGGAGAAAUUUCCUCGGAAGAGGACUUUGAUUCCGAUUAUGAGUCUCUCGAAGAUGACGAAGAGCUACUAGAACUGGACGAAGCACUAACUUCAACCGACGCCAAGGGACUGCCCACCUACGACGAAUCUGAGCAGGAAUAUCAGCCUGUCGAUGAGCUGGUUCGUGAUGUCAUCAACACCAGUCGACCUCCUCCAACGAGCACAUGCAGUGGGACACCAGUCACGAGUCGAUCACAGCUUCCAUGUCCUGUCAUACUCCCGCAAAGACGUCCACGCAAGAAAGCCAGAGGGUUCAUCAGAGCCUACAGUCCCGUUUUGUCAGACUGUGGCAUCUCUCAAGAAGUCUUUCUCAAGUUUCUGAAAAACUUCCACACAUCCUCGCAGGCAUCUCCAAUCUUCCCUAUCAUCAGAUUCUCCGCAGCUAUUGCAGGGCUUGCACCUUCCGUCAUUGCCAUCGCCAUCUGCGCUGCCGCACAAGUUGCAGCAAGCGUAGGCGCCGAAGUGCAGUCUCGCGCUCGCACCAACGACUUCCUCGACCGCAUGAAUGAAGAGCUCUUCAAGCCUGCAGGUCUCUACUGCAUGAUUGUCAAAUACAAAUCCGACGCAGACAUGCAACAAAAGUCUUCUUCUCUGAUCAACUUGAUCCGUGCAGAACGAGUCGAUGUCACUACUACGAAUCAGACGAUAGCAAAAUACACUCGUACAACAGCAUCUGGUGACGGUGACCCCACCAGAACCAGCAUGAGCAUGAGCAUGAGCAAUCGAAUCCAGAAUCUCCGACUCGCGAGUGCUUCAACCAGAGGAACUGCCAUGCUUCCCGACUCUGCGCCGCUAAUUUUUCCAGACAUUGAUCACACCGUCGCUCAAGCAGGUCCGGAGACAUUCAAAGACAAGACCCACGAUGCGAAGAAGUUUCUCGCACACUAUCUCGAUCGAAGAGCACAAAUGGAUCAAGCAAGUCAAGAUCCCAAUUCCUCGCUCACGAGAUCAAAUCAACAACAACACAGCUUCAAGACCUCCAUCGCAGACCCCAACCAUCCCAUGCACUCUGGCGGCUUGAUCGCAUUAGUCUCUGGUGGAAAAUUGACGCCUCGAAUGGAUAAGCGUGCAGACAAGAUGGAGAGAGAUUUCUCUCGUGACACGCGCCGGGUCACACGGGGACGAGAAUCGAGAGGCAGUAGCAGCAGCAGUAGGAGAAGAAGAAGGAGAAGAGGAUACAGAAGCGCUUAUCAUGAGGAAUUGUACGCUCGACUGGGUUUGCACGGUGAUCGAGUUGCGGAACGUCGAGGGCAGGCUUACGUUGAAGAUGAGCGGAGCGAUGAUGCUGGAGAGGGAUCUUCCCAUCGAGCUUUGCAGUAUCGCGACGUUCGUGGCAGAGAUCGUCGGAACGGGAAGGGUGGUCCCUUGGGCGCUGUCAAGAGGAUUAUGAAGGAGGAUGUGCUGUAUCUGAUGAUUGUGAACAUGCCGUCGGAGUCUGAACUAGUGGAAGCUAGGCAAGACUUGGCAAGGGUCCAACGGCACUAAUCAAUUAGUACGAUGGGCAUAAGAUCGCCGCGAUCAAAAUGAAAUUUUAUUAUGAGCGACAGACACGACCCUGCAUCUCUGCAGAGAUCAUCAGUCAAAUCAUCCCCUUCUCCUAGUCGAUGGCGAAUUCUUCUGCCUUUGGCUGCCGCUCGCCUUAACCACAUUCGCAUAGCUUGGUGCUCCCGCUUUCGUAGGAGUUAGCUUCUCCUGGUGCUUGGUGCUCGGACUGUUCCAGUAAUAAAUCAUCUGCAACGCAAGGACCAGAUUCAGGGAGAAGCCAGCAAGGAAGCCGUACAGGAUCAGCUUAUCGUCCACUUCUUGCAAAGUGGUGAAGAUCCGUGCCAACGACCCAGCGAGAUAGUUGAAGAUCGCAAAAGCACUCAAUUGUCCGGUUCCCCCUUGUGAGAAAAUCGUCACAAUCUGAGGCAAUUUACUCGCCACGCCCAACAAGCCCGCUCCAGCCUGAAAGUACUGCAAUUGUGCCAUGCUCACGACGCUCUCAUUGUACAAGGCAUAUCCCGCAGCGGCCAAACCUCCCACAAACACGGCAGCAGCAGGUGCUUUGCCCGAAUACUGCAAGACCAAGACACUAAUAGCCACAUUCUGCACUGCAAUCAAUGCAGUCUCACCAUAUGUGGAAAAGGGAAACUGAUUUCGCACGUUGUAGACGAGCGUGACGAGGUAGCUGACGGUUUCGAGGAGGUAGGAGAGGAAGGAGAUGCCAUCGGCGGAUUGGCUGUUGAUGAGUUUGAGGAGUUGCGGGAUCUUGACGAUGCUGGAGGCGCCAAUGAUGGCGAUGCCUAGCGCUUUGGAGAUGGCGAGUUUCAGGCAGACGGUGUCGGAGAUGGUGAUGUUGUGGACGAGACUUCGGUAGCAGCUGUCGCCGAGGAGUUGUGUUGCUGCAUCGCUGAUGGGUUGGGGCAGGUUGCGCGUGAUGGGCGUGAGGAUGCCGCGGAGUGUUGUUUCGAGGGCUUCCAUCUUUCUUUUCCACCUGUGCAGGCUGUGCUGGUGCU